AUGGCUUUGCCCAGCCUGAGAGCGGCAACAUGCCACAUCUCACCCCACAUUCUCUCCGCUGCUCGCACAACCCAGAAGACCAUCCAAUGCAUCAAAUCCGCCGCCCGACACUCGGCCAAUCUGGUCGUGUUCCCGGAAGCGUCGAUCCCUGCAUUUCCAAUAUGGUCCUCUCUCCUCCCACCGACACACACCCAUCACUUCUUCCGACGGAUGGUGCAGGAGUCAGUCUACGUCGAUGGCGAAGAGAUCUCUGCCAUUCGUCAGGCCGCCCGCGACCACCGCGUUGUGGUCAGUCUGGGCGUGUCUGAAAAGGUGCGAUACAGCGCCGCCACGCUGUUCAACACGAAUAUAAUCGUCGGGGAGGACGGAGAGAUCCUGGUUCACCAUCGCAAGUUGAUGCCGACCUUCUUCGAGAAGUUGACCUGGGCUCCGGGUGACGGCUACGGUCUACGUGUGGCCCAGACCCGGCACGGCAAGAUCGGGGCCCUCAUCUGUGGUGAGAACACCAACCCGUUGGCCAGAUAUGCUCUCAUGGCACAGGGCGAGCAAGUGCACAUUUCCACCUGGCCCGCCAUCUGGCCGACCCGGGUCAUGGUCGAGAAUAAUGCCGGCCGUGCAGACGAUGUCGGGAGCAGCACGGGGAGUCGCAAUUACGACAACAUUGCUGCAAAUCACACGCGAGCAGCGGCUCACUGCUUCGAAGCCAAAUGCUUCGGGAUCAUGAGUGCGGGACAUCUGGAUGAUGCCGCCCUGGCGGACAUUGCUGCCAUGACAGAGGCACCGGAGGACAUGCACAAGAAGCUAGCAAGCUACCCCCGGGGAGCGAGUCAAUUCCUUGAUCCCACAGGGAAAACCGUCCGGGGAGGCUUCGCAUUGGAACUCACCAAGGACCAGCUGCUGGAUGGGCAAGACAUCGUCACGAACACGGAAGCAAUUCUCUUUGCGGAUCUAGACCUGAACGAGUGCAUCGAAGGCAAGCAGUACCACGACGUCGUGGGCGGGUAUCAGAGGUUCGACGUCUUCUCGUUGCAGGUCAACCGUCAGAGACACGAGCCCGUACAGUUCCAUGACGGGAAUGGGAAUGUAUUGAGCUCCAGCAACGCCAUCCUGGCGAAUAAUGAUGACGACCACUGA